CACUCCUGGUGGACCACUGCUCCUUGGAGGGAGGAGCAUGGCACUGCCCAUGGGGCUUCUGUUGGUCUCAGUCAACUGGCUCCACAGCGUGGCCGGUCUCCAACAUGGAGGUGAGGAGCGAUGUGACAGUACCUGGGGUUGGACGUUUGAAAACCUCUCCUGCCAUGUGUAAUCAAAUCAGAGACGCCAGGAAGGAUAAAUAUUCACCAACUAUGGAGACAGUAACUCAUCUUCCAGAAGUCAAAGAGGGCAAGUGUUUCUUUCCAUUCCGCUAUAGAGAUGGAAUCUUCUAUGACUGUGUCCAGUUCAGGGUAAAACACAAGUGGUGUUCCUUGAAUGAAACUUACGAAGGAUAUUGGAAGUACUGUUCUGAAGAAGACUUUGCAAAAUGUGUGUUUCCCUUCUGGUACAGACGCCUCAUUUACUGGGGAUGUACCGAGGACGGGGAUUCGUUUGGGAAAGCAUGGUGUUCACUGACCUGGAAUUAUAACAAGGACAGGGUUUGGAAAUACUGUGACUGAGGUGAGAUUUAUUUAGGGGAGGGCAUGAAGACAUUUAAUUGUUCUCAUGGGAAAGACUGUACAAUUUUGGUUGGGAAAGGAGCAUGUAAGACUCUCAUUAAAAGAAUUUUAUUCUGAGAUACGAAUUGAAGGUGAUUGGCUGUAAAUACAUUGGGAUUUUGAUUAUGGACUAUAAGGUUUUGAUAUAUAUACUCUAGCCUCAGCACUUUAACUUGCUGAUUGUGUAAAAUUGGGUACUUUUAAAAAAGUGUCUGGGUGGUAAUGAUGUGCCAAUGUGGGUUCAUAGAUCAGAACCGAUGUUGGGGAAUUUUGAUUAUGGGGAGGCUGUUCCUGUAAGGGGGGUGCAGGUUACAUGAAAAAUAUCUGUAUCUUCUGCUCAAUUUUUCUGUGCACCUAAAACUGCUCUAAAAAAUAAAAUGUAUUAAAAUUCA